AAUAUAAGUGAGCCUGACACCAAGCCGGGGUCAGGUACAGUUUCAGGCAACUGUCGGAUCCUUCUUCACUUCAUUAAUAAUUGACUGUGUGCGCACAGCCAGGAAGCAGAAGCCUGGGCUGUUUUUAUUAUUACUCAACAGGAGGGAAACAUGGAUUUCUCUGCUUUGCCAAACAACAACCACCCUGAUAAAUUCCUUCAACUGGAAGUAAAAUCUUUGGUGCAAAACUCUGCCUUUCUACAAGCCAGCCUGGCAUACCUCCCAGAAGCAGUUUUUCCAGAAGCUCAGCAAUGGCACAACAGGGUCUAUUUACAGAGUGAAAAGAGAAAUGUCACUGAGCAGCCUGACUUAGAAUUCAGUGCAGUCAACCCGGAAACGAUUGACAAAGUUCUUGGUAAACACAUUACAGCUGUCACCUUGAAAUCCACCAUCAAGCGCAAUCCUUUGUACAGUGGCAUUCGAACUGAUGAUGCCUGGGAGGAGAAGAAAAAAUGCCCUUCCUGGACUGUUCAAGAUUAUGACAGACAAUCAUUGCAUUCUAAUCUGGCUAUUUGCAUAAAGGAAAAUCCUAACGAUCUACAGUUUUGGAUGGGGGAUAUUUAUACUCCUGGGUAUGAUACCUUGUUGAAAAAGAAAGAGAGAGAAAAGAAACUUUCCAAAUACUGCCGAAUUAUUCUGCUUACGGUAUUGGCUGUUUGUAUCUUGAUUGCCAUAGUCACUGUUAGCAUUUUAUUUACUUGAUUCAGCCAAGUCCUGUCAAGGAGAAAUUUUCCAAUAAAUUUUUUUUAUGAAAAUAC